AUGUCGUUGUUUUGUUGGCGGCUGUUGUUCGCUGCCGGGGUGCUGAGCCUCGCACCAGGGGCUUCGGCCUCUCAGGAGAUCAUGAAGAAACUCACCACUGGCUUUGCCAAGGCUAUGGAGGAGUGUAAGGCAGAAUUAAACCUGGGCGAUCACAUCAUCCAAGACUUCAUGAACUACUGGCGCGAGGAGUACGAGUUACUGAACCGAGACACGGGCUGCGCCAUCAUGUGCAUGGCGUCCAAACACGACCUGGUCACUGAGGAUAUGAAGAUACAUCAUGAGAACGCGCACGAGUUCGCCAAGAGCCAUGGAGCAGACGACGACUUGGCCAAGCAGUUGGUACAAAUGAUACACGACUGUGAGAAACAGUUCACGGAUAUCACUGACGACUGCUCCAAGACCCUCGAGAUAUCCAAAUGUUUCCGCACCAAGAUACACGAGCUGAAGUGGGCGCCUUCGAUGGAGACCAUACUAGAAGAAUUGAUGAUUGAGACUUAA